GCGGUCCUGGGGAAUCAUCCUUCUUUGCAGUUUGUACACCCUCUUUGUCUUGACACUGGAUUCAUAACAGAAUAGCACAACUUGCUCAGUGGUGCGUUCGGGCAAACGAUAGUGUCAAUCUGAAGUACGGUGUGGCUGCAUGGACUCCGUUUUGGAAGCGGCCGCUGCACGAGCAAUGUGAGGCGGAGAAGGUGCCCGUUCAGCAAAAGUUUCGUAGAUCGUUGGCGUCCAUUUUCAUUCCGCCCUCCUCGCGUUCUCAGCUGCUCCUCCUGUCUCUGCUUCGCUUACUCGCAGCUACGCACCUCACAGCAGCUCGUCCCUCCGCAAAUGAGUGAGAAGGCUGAGACGAAGAAGGCCGAGAGCGAGGUCCCCGAGACAAAAGCAGAAGUGAAGAAGCAGGAACCGAAGGCGGCUCCCGCUCCCACAAUGAGUGCACCAGUUGCUCAGCCUCCCAAGCGGACACUCUCCGCUCUCAUAAGCAGAUCUGUUGCUGCUCAUCCAUGGCACGAUUUGGAACUUGGUCCCGGCGCUCCCCAGGUCUUCAACUGCGUUAUUGAGAUCUCAAAGGGCAGCAAGGUGAAGUACGAGCUUGACAAGAAGAGCGGGCUCAUCAAGGUUGACCGCGUGCUCUACUCCUCUGUAGUCUACCCCCACAACUACGGCUUUGUUCCCAGGACACUCUGCGAGGACAAUGACCCCAUCGACGUCCUCGUGCUGAUGCAAGAGCCCGUCCUACCAGGCGCUUUCCUGCGGGCCCGUGCGAUCGGUCUCAUGCCCAUGAUUGACCAGGGCGAGAAGGACGACAAGGUGAUUGCGGUCUGCGCGGACGACCCGGAGUUCCGCCACUACACCGACAUCAAGCAACUGCCCCCCCACAGGCUCAAGGAGAUCCAGCGCUUCUUUGAGGACUACAAGAAGAACGAGAACAAGCAGGUUGCUGUGAACGAUUUCCUGGGCGCCGAGGAGGCGGUCAAGGCCGUCAAGCACUCCAUGGACCUGUAUUGUGGCUUCAUUGUUGAAGGACUGAUGGCAUAGUUUGAAAGUACUCUAGAAUAUUCAGAGAAGGUAUUGUACUCAUAUUGAACAGAGCAGCUUUUGGUAAUCAAGAGAUGGUUUGCAGGUAAUUGACGUGGCAAUUCGAGAGACCACCACCGAAUCUGCUUGAACCAACCUGAUCUUUAUAUUCUCAAGCCGACAAUCCUACCUGAAUCUGUCCCUGAAUUGUUUGGACAAACUCUUCUUGCUUGAAUGAAUCGAUCGGGAACCAGAACGUAUACUCAGAAUGGAACUUGGACAAGGGGUAUCGUCAGGCUAAUUUGUUCGCGACUAUGGGCACG